CCCAGAAGUACCUGUCAGCCACGAAAAAAAUCGUAAUGGCCGAGAGCUCCAAUUCAAUCCGAAGCUUGCACAGCCGUAGCCCGUCCAAACUCAUCCGCCCAUCCACCCGUCGACCCUCACUUGCCGUGAAUCGCCGUUCAUUAUCAGCCCGGCGCAUUCUAUCCCUCUCCAUCAUCACUGUCAUCCUCCUCUCGUCACCACAUCCGAGCAUCCAUCGGAAUAGGCCACUAUGCUCUCCAGUCGAUUGAUACCGCGCGCUGCAGCCAAGUCGGCUUUCAGAAAACCCUCACUCCCCGCCGUCGCACCCCAGCUCUCCAGAUGGAGCCGUGCCUACGCCUCUUCCUCUGAGGAGAACGAUCUAGUUGUCAUUGGCGGUGGUGUUGCCGGCUAUGUCGCUGCGAUCAAAGCUGGUCAAGAGGGCCUGAAGGUUGCCUGCAUCGAAAAGCGAGGUACCCUCGGUGGAACAUGCCUCAAUGUUGGCUGUAUUCCCUCGAAGGCACUCCUCAACAAUUCUCACCUUUACCACACCAUCAAACAUGAUACCAAGAACCGCGGAAUCGAUGUCUCGGACGUAAAGGUCAACCUGGAGCAGUUCAUGAAGGCCAAGGACACCGCCGUCGGCGGCCUGACCAAGGGUGUCGAAUUCCUCUUCAAGAAGAAUGGUGUCGAAUACAUCAAGGGUGCCGGCACCUUCGUCAACGAGAACGAGAUCAAAGUCUCUCUCAAUGACGGUGGCGAGACCUCUGUGAAGGGCAAGAACAUCCUGAUCGCGACUGGCAGCGAGGCCACUCCCUUCCCUGGUCUCGAGAUUGACGAGAAGCGCGUCGUCACCAGCACUGGUGCGCUCUCUCUCGACAAGAUUCCGGAAUCCCUCGUUGUCAUUGGUGGCGGCAUCAUUGGUCUGGAGAUGGCCUCCGUCUGGUCCCGUCUCGGCUCCAAGGUGACUGUUGUGGAGUUCCUCGGCCAGAUUGGCGGCCCGGGAAUGGACGCCGAGAUUGCCAAGAGCUCUCAGAAGAUUCUUAAGAAACAGGGUAUCACCUUCAAGACGGGCACCAAGGUCCUGAGCGGCGAUAAGAGUGGCGAUAAGGUCAAGUUGGAGGUUGACUCUGCCAAGGGUGGCAAGCCGGAGACGCUCGAUGCCGACGUCGUCCUUGUCGCGAUUGGUCGUAGACCUUACACGGGCGGACUGGGCCUCGAGAACAUUGGUCUCGACCUCGACGAGAGAGGCCGUGUCAUUAUCGAUUCCGAGUACCGCACCAAGAUCCCCCACAUCCGUUGUGUUGGUGAUGUCACCUUUGGCCCUAUGCUGGCGCACAAGGCCGAGGAGGAGGCUGUUGCUGUGGUCGAGUAUAUCAAGAAGGGCCAUGGUCACGUCAACUACGGCGUCAUCCCAUCUGUCAUGUACACCCAUCCCGAAGUUGCCUGGGUUGGCCAGAGUGAACAGGACCUCAAGUCUCAAGACAUCCCCUACCGAGUCGGCUCAUUCCCCUUCAGCGCCAACUCCCGCGCCAAGACGAACCUGGACACCGAGGGCAUGGUCAAGAUGCUCGCCGACCCUGAAACGGACAGAAUCUUGGGAGUCCACAUCAUUGGUCCCAAUGCUGGCGAAAUGAUUGCGGAGGCCACUCUUGCUCUCGAGUAUGGUGCGUCCAGCGAAGACAUCGCCAGAACUUGCCAUGCUCACCCCACCCUGGCUGAGGCCUUCAAGGAGGCAGCUAUGGCCACUUACUCCAAGCCAAUUCACAUGUAAGGCCAGUCACAGCGAUGCAAUGGUGCGAGUGGUGGAAAGCUUUGGCGUCCUGAAACAACGACAUUCGAAGCAUGUAAUUUGUAUCACCUGAGGGACAGCGGAUAGAAGUUCGAAAAGGUAGUUUGUAGCAUAAGCAUACGUUUUUACGCCAGCUAGAGGGUUAUUAUCCAGGAAAGGGACUCGUCAUUACAUCGAACGCUCUAGGCAUACCAUCCUGUGACCAGGGUCAUCCGAACGGGUAUGUACGGGCGUGGAUAGACCGCUCUCUGCUUAGGCACGCUGUCUGAUUUAUUUACACUGCGCGUUGCCGGCUGUGAGAUACGAUCAGCAGUAGUGGGAAAAGUUUACCCAAAGUCGGUCUCGGUAUUUCCAUCUGUCUAUGAUACCUUCCGUACUGUGAUUAGUAAAACAGAAGACCCGAAAUAGAGUGGUUGUAGCUGGCAGGGCUGGAGACCUUGUAUUAGCCUGCGGCUGUCUUCAGUGUCUUCGAGAGAUUUCAGAUCGUAAUCACGGAGCUACUUGGACUCAGGCACGAGCGAACCGAUGUUUUGUCAGGUUGUAAAUUUCCCCGUUCAUGUUUAAGCUGUUGGAUUUACGCAUCUUCGCCCAUGUCUGGCUUUUCUAGCAACGCCUCCGCCAUCUUACACGCCUCCUUCACUUUUCUAGUCUCUUUCUUGCCGCCAACAAGGUCUGUAGCCCGGACCUUUUUGCGCAAGAAAUAGCCUACGCUCCUCGCGAGGGCUGGCGCCAACCCACUGCCGAAGCACACUCCAAGGGCUUGCUCCAGGCUCUUGCCCUUCACGUGACUGCACUCUUGAAGCACAGUGAUGAGCAUUACCUCGACGAACAAGCUGGUCUUCUCCCUGACGUAAGCCAGAUUGAGUGGUUUGAGAAUCCCAAGACUGACAGAGCCAUCAGCAACUAAGCUUCCCAUCAUCUUAGCAGUAUUGAUGAGACGUCGGUCGUCUACCCCCUCCUCGUCUUCCUCCUCGGCCUCCUCUCCAAACAGAGGCUCGCCAAGUCUGCGGAAUAGCGUCCAUAAGGUAUCCUGAAAUGCAUGCUUGAUCCGUGAAUCGGUGCAAAACUUUUUGGAUACCAAUGUGUAGAAAGGAU